UUUACUUUUCAAAAAAAACAAAAAAAAAAAAAACAAAAAAAAAACUAGUUAUAAUUUAUAGCUUUUCCUCUCCAAACCUAUAUUAUUAAUAUUAUUAUGUAAUAAUAAUAAUUAUUAUUCAUAUAAUAUUUAUAUAUAUACAUAAUCUCCUCAAUCUCUUCAUCUAAUUAGAAUUAUUCAUUUUGUUCAAAAUAAAGAGAGAAAAUGAGCAGCUUAACUAUGGUGGAAGCAAGGUUACCACCAGGGUUUAGGUUCCAUCCAAGAGAUGAUGAACUUGUUUGUGAUUAUUUGAUGAAUAAAUGGAAUAAUAAUAACAAUAAUAAUAUUAAUAAUAAUGAAUCUCUCUCUCAUCAUUCUUCUUUGCUUAUUGAAGUUGAUCUUAAUAAGUGUGAACCUUGGGAUAUUCCUGAAACAGUGUGCGUGGGAGGAAAAGACUGGUACUUUUACAGCCGAAGAGAUAGAAAAUACGCAACUGGACUACGAACAAACCGAGCAACGGCGUCCGGUUACUGGAAAGCUACCGGAAAAGAUAGGCCGGUGUCUCGGAAGGGCAAUUUAGUGGGAAUGAGAAAAACAUUGGUGUUUUACCAAGGGAGAGCUCCUAAAGGAAAGAAAACUAAUUGGGUCAUGCAUGAAUUUCGUCUUGAUGGACCUUUUGCCCCUCCUAAAUUUACUUCUUCCUCCAAGCGAGACGAUUGGGUCCUUUGUAGGGUUUUCUACAAAAGAGAAAUAGGAUCAAAAUAUGAUCAUCAUGAUGCAUCACAAAAUGAUCAUAAUGAAGGGAACAAUUCAUUGGAUGAAACAAGCUCAUCAACCCUACCUCCAUUAAUGGAUCAUUCUUACAUAACAUUUGAUCAUCAUCAAACUCAACUAAAUUCUUAUUAUAAUCAGCAAGUGCCCUGCUUCUCCAUCACAUCAUCAUCAUCAAAUAAUCAUGAUCAUAAUCAUAAUAAUCAUGGAAAUUAUGGGAACUGUUCUUCAUUAUUUUAUCAAAAUAAUCACAAUUUUCAGAUGCACACUUUUGGGGGAUCAAUCAAUGAUGAUGAUACAGGAAAUGGUAAUAAUGUAGAUUGUGAUAGGAAGGUUCUAGAAGCUGUACUAGCUCAACUUACUAAAAUGGAACCUUCCAUUCCUUCUGAAACCCUACUUGCUUCUCCUAAUUUAGAGCAGGUUACUAAUGUUUCUCAAGUUGGUUUACCCCCUAACAUGUGGAAUCAAUAUUAACACAUGUAUUCUUACUGUAUUUUUUAAUUCGCUACAUUUAUCGUUCUUGUUUGUUUAACUAAAUAUACUAUUUUUGUAUUUCUUUUUUAAUAUGGAUAUGGAUUUACAAGUUCCCUCCAAAUCUCCUGAAAAUUUGAAAAAAUAAGUUUAUUUUUUUAAUAAAAAAAUCUCAAAAUAAGCUUCGGAAAAUUUUAAUUCUCAAAAUAAGCAUCUCUAUAUCAAAGUUAAGAUCAAGUAUUUAUUCAGUGUUACUAGCACAGAACAAAAAAUCUGGUCAAAAAAAGUCAAA